GUGCUGCUGCUGCAGGAGCCAUCUCCCUGCUGACGGACAUGGUGAACCGGCCCUCAUACAAGAACUUCACGGCACUGGAGAACAUCCUGUACUCGUCCACGGGGCUGGUGAAGACUCUCACCAUGGUCUCCAUCACGGCCGGCAUCCGCAGGAAGACGCUGCAGCCUGGAGCCGAGCUGGAUGAAGAGGCGCUGCAGGAACUCCUCCCCGAGCUGAAAAAGAAGCUGAAGGUGGAGACUGAGAAACGAGACUACACGCUCGAGUGGGGAGACAUCGCCGUCCACCCCACGCGUCGCUCCAUGCAAAAGUGGCCCAAGGCCAGGGACGGCCUAAUCUACGUCCCCUACAAAGUGUCCGUCGCCUUCUAUGACGGCGAUGUCAAGAAGAUCGAGGAGGCGGCGGUGGAGUUUGAGAAGAAAACAAGCGUCCGGUUCAUCCCUCGCUCCGACGAGACCGACUACAUCUACAUCCACGCGUGGGAGGGGAAUUGGUCGUUCCUGGGCCGUCAGGGCGGGGACCAGGCGAUGUCCCUGGAGCCCGGCAAGGUGACCAAGGGCGUCGUUCUGCACGAGUUGAUGCACGCGCUCGGCUUCCACCACGAGCACUGCCGUAGCGACCGCGACGACCACGUCUUGGUGCUGUGUGAAAACGUCAAGCCCGAAUGGAAGGAUGCAAUUGAGAAAAAGACGUCGCAUGAGCACAAUCUAACAACCCCGUACGACUACAGCUCCAUCACUCACUACGGCAUGACCGCGGGCUCAAAAGACGAGCACAUCCCGACCAUGGUGCCCAGGAACAGGAGCACCAUGCGUCACUUUGGAGGUGGCCACACCCUGAGUGAGGGCGACGUGGAGAAGAUCAAGAAGAUGUUCGACUGCGAGCCUGCAACAUGGGGACCCAGCAACGUUGCUCCAGCGCGGACUCGCCCAGCCACGGGUGCCAGCACGGCGCACAGGGAUGCAGGGACAUCUCUAGAGCGCUCCACAAUUGAGAGCCUGGUCGGUGUCUGGAAUAAGUCCAAUUUGAAAGAUAUUGGAGACAAGUUGAAAGACCCUCCCAUUAAAUGUGGGGGAGUCAAAGACAAUUUCUCUUCACAACAAGUGAGCCACUGGCCCAAGCACAGCGAUGGCAAUGCGUACAUCCCCUACAAGGUCUCCACCGCCUUCUAUGACUAUGACGUUGAAGCCAUCACGAGCGCGGUGCAAGAAUUUGAGAAGAAAACCUGUGUCAGGUUCUACCCUGUUGGCUCUGAAGGAGACUUCAUUCAUAUCCAGGCCUUGGACGGGCAUCCCAGCAAGAACUGGUCAUUCCUGGGCCGUCAGGGCGGGGACCAGGCGCUGUCCCUGGAGCCCGGCAAGGUGACCAAGGGCACGGUUCUGCACGAGUUGAUGCACGCGCUCGGCUUCCACCACGAGCACUGCCGCAGCGACCGGGGCCAGCACGUCUUCGUUCUGAGUGAUAACGUCAAAGAUGAAUGGAAGCGAGACAUCGUGCACAUGAAAUCCACUGCCCAGGACCUGGCAGCGCCUUACGACUGCAACUCCAUCAUGCACUACAGCAUGACGGCGGGCUCGGUGGACGAGCGCAACCCGACCAUCAUCCCCAAGAACCCGCUCCUCAUGCUGCACAUGGGGCACGGCAACGCCCUGAGCCCCUGUGACGUGGUUAAGGUGCAGAAGUUGUAUGGCCAUGACGCUGAGCUCCCGGCCCCAGAGACAAAAGCUUCCCUGGCUGGCACUGGGCAGGAGGGCGCUGGAGGCAGAACCGAGCCCUUGGACAACCUGAUUGGUGCCUGGAGAAAGAAGACGGAGCAAGAAUUCAAGGAGGAAAAGGAAAAGAAAGAGAUGGACCUAAAGUCAAAAGCAGAUAUGAUUAAAAACAUAAUUGAAGAGGUGAAACGCCAGUCCAGCUUCGACGAGUCUACAAUCACAGCCCUGCAGUGCCUGCUUGACAUCCUGACAGCCAAGUGCUCCGAGGAGGAGGAGGCUGCCCUGCACCUGGCUUUCAAGGAGCAUGGAGGCGGACAUCUGCUCGUCCGCAUCAUGGAUGCGCCCAAGCAAAAAGAGGUGCGCACCGCACUGCUGGACAUGCUGUCAAAGGUCUCCAACGCCAUGUCAAUGCACACUGGAGGAAAAAAUUUAGGAGAAGAUGGCAUGAGAACAGGCGACAUUGCUGGAGAUCUCUCACAGAAAGUCGUGGAUUGGCCCAAACAACCGGACGGCAAAGUUCGCAUCCCCUACAACAUCUCCAUCGCUUUCCCUGCCAAGGACCGGGAUGUGAUCGAGCAAGCCAUCCUGGAGUUUAACGAGAAGACCUGCGUGCGCUUCAUUCCAAGGAAGCGCGCCGACGACUACAUCAACUUCCAGGCAUUGGGCGGGAGCUGGUCGUUCCUGGGCAAGAAGGGAGGGGCCCAGUCCGUGUCCCUGGAGCCUGGGAAGGUGGAGAAGGGCACGGUUCUGCACGAGCUCAUGCACGCGCUCGGCUUCCACCACGAGCACUGCCGGCACGACCGUGACCAGCACGUCCACAUCAAAGAGGACAACAUCAAGGAGGUUGAUCUGUGCCAGUUCAGCCGCAUGGAAGACAGCAACAGUGACUAUGGGUUGCCCUAUGACUACAUCUCCAUCACCCACUACAGCAGGUACGCAGCGUCGCUGGAUGGCGUCAGCCCAACCAUCGUUCCUGCCAGGGAAGGGAAGACUCCCGUGGGCCAGCGCAGCUUCCUCAGCCCCCUCGAUGUCCUCAAAGUGCACCGCAAGUACCAUGGGCCCUCCACAGCUGCUGAUGGAUCCGAUGAGGAUGUGGAAAAAGCCGUUCGAGAGACGGCCGCACUCAUGGAGACGGUGGAGGAGCUGCCUUCAGAGCUUUUGGAAGCCCUGGGCAAAGAAUCACAAGAAACAGAAAUGAAGAACAAAAUGAAUGAAAUGGCACGAGUUGUGAAUGACUUGCGAAAGCGAUCCAGCUUUGACGACUCUGCAGUGCACAUCUUGACCAGUCUGCAUGAGACACUGACAAUUGCAAAUUUAAACGUGGAGGAGAGAGUUGCCCUAAAGACAUUCUUUGUCAAGGCUGGUGGCCCAGAGCUGUUUGAGAAGAUCAGGAAGUCUCCAUGCUCGGACGGCUCGCAGUUUUCCCUGCACACGGUGACAAAGCUCAUUCUGGAGAUCAUGACCAUGGCAGCUGCAGAGCAGGGCCUGGAUAUGAAGAAACUGGAGCCAGUGAGGGAGAUAGUUCGAGACCUGAAGAAGCUGUCCAGAUUUGACUACUCUACAGUGCAGACUCUGAACAGACUGAUUGAGAUGAUGACAUUUGACAGCACAAAGAGUGAAAAGAUCGCCAUGAAAACAAUCUUUGUGCUGGAUGGUGGCGCAGAACUUCUCAAGAAGAUGCAGGAGUCUCCCUCCCCAGACGACUCAGAGGCACCAAUCCAGAUGGUGACUGAGCUCUUGUUUGAGCUACUGAUGAGCUUCACAAAAGAAAUCGAUUCAGAAUGGGAUGAAGGUGCGAUUGAGCCCAUUAUAAAACUCGUAACUCAUCUGAAGAAGGAAUACUGCUUUGAGCGCAAGACAGUUGAAGUGCUCAAAACCCUUCCUGCCAUCAUGAACUUGGAGCUUCCCAUUGAGGUUAAAAUGAACAUAAAAGCAGCCUUCCUGCGGGCAGGAGGUGCUGAUCUGUUCAAGUCUCUGCAGCAGUUUCCUCCUCCAGGCAGCUUGGGAAUCAAGCUGCAGGAAGCCAUGGCAGAUAUUUUGACAAUGAUGAUGAAUUUCUCUGCAAAGGAGACUCCAGCUCUAGCAGACAUGUGCGAUGACCUUGACGGCCUCCUCGACUUCAAAGAUCUCGCGGUGGCAGCCGAUUCCCACCCUCCAAAACUCAAGCAGAAUGAUCCAGCAGGAGGAGCAGCUUCCAGUCCCCCAAAACGAAAGCAAGAUGACGACGACUUGGACAUGGAAACUGUUCUUGAGAUCAUAAAGGCUAUGGAGGAAAACUGAACACCUUCUCUUGAAUAAGUUUAAGAUGGGUUGUUGUUGCAAUACAACAAUCAAUCACUGAAGACACCUGAUUUUAUUUCUCAUUAAAUUUUUUGAAACUUAAAUUUACAAAUUUUGGGAUACAUUAGAAGGUUAUGUUUACUCUGGUAGUUUUUAAGUUGAUUUUGGGGAAUUAUAAAAUUUAGACAUGGUAUUCAUAAAAAAAUACACUCAUAGUUUUAAGUCAUAUCUCUUUAAGUAGUAUAGAUUCUCAAGCCCACUCUACUCUGUAACAAUAUAGCUUACUAGUGAUGUCAUGGCCAUGUAACAAAGUCAGUAAACCACCACAAUGGAAGCCAUGUGAUGCACCUUGCGCCAAUGCACAAAUCAGCAACUUUUCUCAAUCAUUGCUGCUUUGCAGGAAAAUGCAACAACCUUAUCGAGUCAUAAUGCACAUAUACAGUUAUCUCAAUUAUCGGUGAGGUGAUUAUCCAGGAUGCCUUUAACCAUGUUUUCUCCAUGAUCACACACAUGCAGGAAAGCCUUUUACAAAAAAAUAUGGACGACACAUUGUGUCAUCGCCCCUACUCUCCAAAGAUUGUAGAGCUUAAUUCGCAUCCGUGAUGAAAAAUGUUUUUUUAUUAUUAUUAUCUGGCCACCCCCCUGCCCUUCAAUAUCCCGCAUAAUCAUGAGUUGACUAUAUAUUACAUUUGCAGGGGGAUAAUUACAUUUUGAAUAUAUUAUUAUGAUUAAGUUGCUAUUUCUACUUAAAUUUCAUUGUCAGAUUUCAAAGGAUACUAAAACAGAGCACUUGUUUUAUUAUGCAGCCCAGUUUUAAAUGCUGGAAUCGCUAUUCUUCUGGCUUUAUACAUAUAUACCCUACUCAUGGCUCAACAGUAUAGCAAUGAGACAAUAAUUAGCAUGUUAACUCUGUAUCAUGAUUCGUUUAUGUGGUUUAUGUUAUCUGUAGAGUGGCUUAUAUUAUCCAUUUAUGUUAUCCAUAACAUUUACGUUUUUGUUGCAUCUACUCAGAAAUCAUGUAGAGCAGUUCUAAUAGCAUUGAUAAUAAAUGAGAAAUAGAAGUAAACGCUUAAAAUUCUCACAAUAAUACAGCUUGUACUGUUGGUGUAAUUACAAUUAUUUCAAUAAAGCUUGGUGUGAAAUGUG